CGCGAAGACUCUCCGGAACGACAACAGCAGCCGGUUCGGGAAGUUCAUCGAGCUGCAGUUCCGCCACACGCGGCUGAGCGGCGCCCGCAUCCUGACCUACCUACUGGAGAAGGUGCGCGUGACCAAGCAGAUGCCGGGCGAGCGCACGUUUCACAUCAUGUACCAGUGCGCGCGGGCGGCGACGGAAACCGUGGAGAUACAAUCCGAAGAGGCCUCGACCACGACCAAGCACGUGUACAAGUUUCCACAAAAGCUGUCGCAGCUGCAGGACAGCACCAGCGGGGGCAACAGCGGGGCGCUGGCCAGCGGCAUGGACAUUUGCACGUCGGACACGCAAGCGUGGGAAAUCGAUUUGACGCCGUUCGUCGGGGUUGACCUGCAGGCCAUGACCAGUUCGAACGAGGGCUACAGCAGCACAGACCUGGUGGACUUCGAGCACACGGUGUUUGCCCUGCAAACGAUCGGCCUCGACCAAGGCGAGCUCGAAGAUUUGCUGCGCUGCAUUGGGGCAGUUCUACGCCUCGGGCUCGUGGAGUUUGAAGGUACUAGUAGAACCGAUCUGUUGAUGCGUCACCACAAAGUGAUGAAGAGCUCGAAGAAAGUCGAUUUCGCUGGCUAGGCAUCGUGGACAAGAAUAAAAAUCCGCAGCAAUUGGAGAACGAUCACGACUGACAUCUGUGCUGUCGAGGUUCAAGAUGUAAGAUGCGAUCUAAAGAUGUAGACACUUCACAUGAUGGAUCGCGCUAAGAGCUCCGCCGUAAACGACUUCCGUCGGCAAGGUAAGAUGAUCGAGAAAGGAGCUAGUAGUAGGUUCUUCCCUUAAAAUGAUGGACAAACAUUUAACCCUCUUGCUGACAUGCGCCUUGUCCGCAAGGUUCGUGGUUGCGGAGAAAAAAAUCACCAUCUUUCGACUGAUGAAACAAAGAACGCAUGCAAAAGUUCCCACUUACAUGGCUUACAUGAUGCUCCACGAAUACCAUCUUCCUUUCAGAAUUUAUAACCUCGACGAGAUCAAUAAACAAAAAAAUCGAUUUGUAUCCUCUCGUUUAUGGACGGAGCAAAAGCAUCACACGACAGGCGGGGCCGACGACAGUUCCUUUUCGAAGGAAACGAAGAAGCACGGCGACUACAUCGCGGAAAAGUGUUUGGGGCUGAAAGCGGAGGACUUUGAGGCGGCGAUCACUUCCCAGUACGUGGUCACGCCCAACGACCAGUUCACGAAGCGCAACAGCGUCCAGAAGGCGAAGGAGACCAUGGACAGUUUUGCGCGGCACUUUUACUCGCUGCUGUUCAACAAGAUGGUGCAGCAGGCCAACAGCAGCAUCGGGUACGUGCCCUCCGUGUCCACUUUUAUCGGUGUGCUGGACAUCUUCGGCUUCGAGUGCUUCCAGGACAACCACUUUGAGCAGCUGUGCAUCAAUUACGCCAACGAGCGGCUGCAGAAGCACUUCAACAACUACGUGUUCCAGGAGGAGGCAAAGAUGUACAACCGCGAGGGCGUCGACUGGCGCAGCCUGGACUUCCCGGACAACUCCGCCAGUUGCGCGCUCAUCGAAGGUAUCAAAUGUAAAAAUGUCUGGGUCUGGAAAGUUGGAACUUGUGAUGCUAACUUUGGAUUCCAAAAAAAUCUGUAUUGCAUGACCAGCAAGAGGAGUCCAGUUGGUGCUACGCGGGGAGUGCAUUUGUCAUGCGGAAGAAGCAUCAAGACGUAGUCAGAAAAUCUGUGAUGCUAGGGAAUACAUCACAGACGUCACGGGUCAUGUAAAAUCUGCAUGACAAGUUCCAACCUUCCAGACCCAGACAUUUUUACAUUUGAUAGAGGAGCGCGGGAGCGGGAUUUUUGCGGUCCUGAACGACGAGUGCUCGAUGGCCACCGGCAACGACCGCAGCUUUGUGCACAAGCUGAAGAAAAACUUCCUCCAGGAGCAGAAGAACGCCCACUUCGGGGAGAUCAAGCACAAGCCGGAGUGCUUCAUCGUGAACCACUACGCCGGCCCGGUGAACUACACCUCCACUGGGUUCGUGCAGAAAAACAAGGACGGGAUCCCGCAGGACGUCUGGAACCUCAUGGCCACCAGCCAGAACAAGUACGUCUGGAAUCUGUUCCAACCCCAAAGCCACGACAGUACUAGCGGGGGCGCCGGCAGUAGCACGAAUGUUAAUAAAAGCGCUACCGGGGGCAGUAACAAAACCCAGCUGGACGUGUCCCGGAACGCCCGGUUCGGGAAGAAGCAGGCGACGCUGUGCCACAUUUUCAAACAGCAGCUCGACGAUUUGCUCAAAACCCUGUCGGCCGCGGAGCCGCACUUCAUCCGCUGCAUCAAGCCCAACCUGGAGAAGAAGGCGGACAAGUACGAUAGGAAGUUCGUGUGCGAACAGCUGCGGUACCAGGGGGUCCUGGCCGUGGUGGAAGCGCAGCGCGCCGGGUAUCCGAUCCGCUUGUCGCACGAGGAUUUCUGGCGCCAGAUUCGGUGCCUGGUCACUUUGGAGCUGCGGAAACAGAUUCGCGUCACGUUGAAGCAGACGCUGCGGGACCAGAAUCAGCUGUCGCAGCUGCUGCUGGCGUACAUUGGGGACCACUACGAAUUCAGUGGCCUGGAGUUGAUGAAGGGAACGGGAAGUGCAAGUGUGGGAGCAGUGACGGGUAAGAAUAGCACAGGCAUGAUGAAAAAUCGAAAUUCCGGGACAAAUAGUAGCGGUCACGCCAUCACCUCGUCGCCGGGAAAUCUGAAGAAAUCCAAAUCGCAGAAGGGCGGAGAGGUACGUUCUUGUCGCUGUUUCUAAUUCAAGCAGGAGAUAAGUGCGUUCACUUUCGCGUUUCAUUUCUACCCUCUGAAAGUCUGUCAGCUAUCUCUUGAGAACAAACAUUAGCCCACUGCCCUACAGAGUCGCUAUUCUCGCUUUUUCUCUCAUGCGAUUGUAGCGCUAGUAGUGCAAAAAGCAAAUUGUCGCGUUAUUUACGCGCCUCGGGUCUCUGACUACAUUGCCCUGGGCGUGAUUGCCGCGUUCAGACAUGCGAAGUUCAUUCUUCAGAUGGUUCUGAAUCCUGUCGUAGCCAUUAAAUGGUACUCACGAAUUCAUUGUGACACGAAACGCUUCUGCCCUACAGAGUCGCUAUUUUCGCCCUACUGGAAUAAACUUCAGUUUUAUGCGAUAGUAGCGCUAGUAGUGCAAAGAAAAAAAAGUUGUCGCGUUUUACGCGCCUCGAGUUUCUAUUGGUGUCUCCGGGCGUGAUUGCCGCGUCAAACAAUACCACGAGUCCUUUUUCGUGAUUUCCGAUCGUAAGAUUUUCAUUUUUCAGCGCUCGUGACACGCAGGAAGAUUUAUUCACUUGCUUCGACCAGAAAAAUUGUUUCCAAAACAGGUCUGUCCCUACGCCGUCGGGAAAUCCUUGGUUUUCUUGAAGCAGAAUUUGUACGAGCAGAUCCGGCAGCUGUCGUUCAAAGUGCAGGACCGGGGGCAGAAAGUUAUCGUCGCCUACCGCAAGAUGCGGAAAUGCCGCAAACACUUCCUCUCCAUGCGGUUCAAGGUGAACAAGAUCCAGGCACUGGUCCGCGGCGUUCUCGCCCGAAAGUACGUGUACGGCCUCCGCGAGGCACAGGAGAUGGUGCGGCAAAAGCAAAAGCGCGAAGAAACGAAGCGGCGCAUGGAGCAGAUCAAGCGGUCGGUACAGGCGACCAAAAUUCAGUACCUCAUGCGCAAGUUUUUGAAGAAGCUAGCGUACAACCGCGAUCUAGAAUCCGAACUCAAGCAAACCGCAAUCAAGAAGCUGCAAAACUUCUGGCGGCACUGUCUCGCGCGAAAGCAGUUUUUGCGAAAACUGAAGGCAGCGGUUUUGCUGCAGGCAUUUCUGAGGACGCUGCUGGCGAAACAGCGGUUCAAGCGGGACCUGCAGGUGAAAAAGGUGCAGGAAAUCAUGAUCAAAAUGCGGAAAGAGAGAGCCAUCGCGAAGGCACACACGUUUGCGCACCAGUGGGUCGCAAAGACGCGACUGCGGAUCAUGGAGAAAGUCAGACAGGAGAAGGAAAGCGUGGAACUGAAUGUGAGCGAACUUAAAGCGCAAAUGGUCUGCGAAAAGGAAAAGCUGGAGGCGCAAAUUGCCACAGUACUGAAGUUUUAUAAUAUCCGUGUCUGAUUCUGGUUUCAGUAGGAAGAAAGCAAAGUGUGUAUCUCAAAUCUGUCUAUUCGAGUGAAUGCCAAGAACGUCGGUGUGUGUGUCUUGGUGUCUUGUGAACGAAACGAUUUCGCUGAUGUGUAGCGAAAGAUGAGCAAGAGACUUAGUAUUUCAUAGUGCAGGGUUGGCUUCCCGUUUCCUUUACUAGCCUGUAGAAGUGCUCCCUAGAAGAGAAAAAACAAAAGUUUGAUUCGAAACCAAAUCGUGCAGACCGCCGAGCUGCAAACCACGUUGCAGGCGAAAGAAGCGAAUAUCAGCGACCUGGAGAAGAAACUGCUGAAGCAGCAAACGACAAACACGCAGCUGGAAUCGAAACUGGCGACAGAGCAGGAUGAGAAACAGCAGCUGCAGAAGCAGCUCGAUUUCCGCGCCUCCGAAUCGAAGGAAACGGUCGACCAGAUGCGGAAAACCGAGGAGCAGCUGAUUCGGCAGCUGAAGCAGCUGAACGACGAGAAGCAGGAACUCAUGAACGAGCUGAUUGUCGAGCGAGCUUUGCUGGUGGAGAAGAGAGAGCAGUGGGAGGCUAGUUUGGAAAAGAAAACCGCACAGCAUCUGAAAGACGUGCACGAUUUGAAAGAGAAACACGAAACCGAACAACUGCAGCAGCAGCAUAAAUUUGAUCAGGAGCUGAAAGCGAAGGAAAUAUCCAUCGAAGAGCUCAAGCAGACGCUGCUCGGCUCCGAGGAAGCGGUUCGGAAUUUGGAGCAGGAGAUGGAGCGGGCGGUAAAACAGAAGGAGGAGGAAACGACGAGACGUUUAGAGGAGAACUACAUGCAGCAGCUCGAGGAGGCCACGAAGAACGCGACCAUUGCGCAGGAGAAAGCGGAGGUCGUGCACCUGGAGAUGCAGGUGAAGCAACAGGAAUGGCUGGCCGAGAAGGAAAGAUUAUUGGAAGGCGUGCGGACCGCGGACGAGAAAAUGAAGGAAAAGGACAAGCAGCUCCUGGAGGCGCAGCGGACGGAAAAGGAGCAAACGCUCUUGAAGCUGCAGAUGGAAACGGAGAAGAACCGCGCCGUCGCGAAAUUCCAGGCCCAGGUGGAGAACUUCCACCAGAUGCAGCUCAAGCUGGACGCGUUCCAGUGUAAGCUGCUGCGCAACGCGGUCUUGCAGUCGCUGGAAAGAUACCCCGAGGUGAAACAUCUUGUGUCGCUCGAGCGCGGUGGACCCGACGGUGCUAAAGGCGAUAAAGAAGAAUCGGAUAAUUGUCAUCGUAAAGCUGGAGGAAUAAGAGCUGUCGAGGAAGAUGUUCCUGCACUUGAGGCUGGUGUCGAAGACGUGGAGGAAAAUAACUUCGAAUACGUCCGCGGCACACCGCGCCAUGCGGCGCAAGAUCAACUUGCGACCACUGAGGACCAAGAUGGAAAUUCCUGCCCUGGUACUACGAAUUUCGCUCGAAGUCCGCAGAUGACGAUGCGCAGCAGCGUGAAGAACCUGUUGAAGCCGGAUGCGAUGUUGGAUGUGCUCAUUGUCGGCGAAAACGUCGGGAAACUGGCGCUGCUUGAGCGGUGCAUUCGAGACCUGGCGCCAGACCAGUAUGCGCUUUUCCAGUACAACCGACAGAGGAUCGAAGAGAAAAUGCAGAUGGCAACCAGCGGCCCCUCGUCCACACACCACAAUGUCAAUAAAAAUCGCGCCGGGGGCAAAAUGUUGAACAAUGGGAUGAACAGCAACAUCAAGCAAUCGGCCUCGUCCAGCCGGAGUAGAGUGAACGGGACGAAACGAAAAGUCAUUCAGCAGCCAAUCGUUUCCUCAUCCAGUCGAAGACGCAAUUGCAACUUCAUCGGCGACCACGCAGACUCCUGCUACUACGAAAUUGCCGUGCCCGAGACAAACAUAAACACGCUGGUGGGCGGCGGGACCUUCUCGUCAAGCAAAAUUACGAACAGCGCAAACUUAGGCUUCAAUAGUACUUCCUCUUCCGCGGCCGCCACGUCUUCGCCUUCGAAGCAGCAGCAGCAUAAAGCCAAGUAUUUGCGCGUCCUGGACUGCAGCUUGCAGGAGCUCGAUACGAAGAUGAGCCACUGCCAGUACGUGAUCGCCAUCUAUGUAUCCUGUGUAAAAACGUCCCCACCCCAGAGUUGUCAUGCAGGUCUGCAUGCUGAAAAUGUUUCUCAUGCGGAGCCCCAUGAGAAGGGUUUUCCAGUCGUGUUUUGGAAUUUGCCAUGCUCCAAUCAGCAUGAUGCACUAGAUCUGUGAUGCUGCCGAAAUAGCUCAAACAGCACUACACUACAAGCUGAGAUCUGUCAUGCAAAACAGCCAAAGCUUGUGGAUUUGUCUAGCCGAGACCCCAUCUUGACUAUGGGGUGGGGACGUUUUUACAUAGAAUACUAUGACUUUGAAAACCAGCAAAGUUUAGACACCGCACUGGAGAGACUGGAGUUGGCGAAACAGAAAAAGUGCCACGGGCUCUUGUUUGGAAACCUGGAGGGCUUCGUGGACUCGAACCAUCGGGGGGAGGCGGGAGGACAUCUAUGUACUAGCGGUCAGAACAAUAAUUCCUUUUCCAAGAAAAUCCGAAGAAAAAGCUGCGUCAACCUGUUCGAAGCAAAGUCCAAGGCCGCGGCGUUGGGCUGUCUCAGUGUGGAAGCGACCAGUCUAGCAGAGGCGUUCCGCAUGCUGACCAGGGACUUCGACUUUUUUCACGAGGAACCUGUUGCAGACGCGAAUGGAGUCGAUGACUAUGCCGGCCGAGCAGCGGCCAAAAAUGGCACGGGCGGUUCUCCUGCGCGUCAGUAUCUUCGCGAGGCCGCAAGCAAUAGCACUUCCUCUUCAUCCUCCCCUACAAUGCCUGCAAUGCGUCCGCAUGGUAUGGGGCACUCGCAGGUGCCUAGCAAAUCGUCAACUUUCUCCGUUGCGGAAGACGCCCCAGCUGCGGUGCCGAUGACCACGCCUGUGUCCGACACCGGGCCAGCGGAUGGACAACUUGUUGCGAUGCCACCAAACAAACCGGGUGCUCAUCCCAGCAAAACAAGCGGCGAGACUGAAAGCAGGAGGAGAAGCUUCGAAAAUUUCAACAGUCCACCUGGUCGUAGAAGUGUUCCUGCCGAGAAAGACUUCUCGAGCAGCUCACCGGACCUUGAAAACGUAGGUUUCUCCUCAUCGUUAACCGCGCUUGGUGUAGGUUCCUUUCGACAGCAGCAGCAGCAGCAGCAAACACUACGACAGUACCGGCGCACCUGGAUAGAGAUGGAACAGCGGCAGUUUCUGAAGCCUUCGCUUGAGGAAUACAACGUGUCCCCGAGGGUUUUGGACAUUCGGGAGCGAAAGAGCAAGCACCUGGCGAACGUGGGAGCGGACUACGCGAUCAAAGCGGAAGAAGAAACUGGAACUCACCCCUUGGUACUGCUGUGCUUCCAGCCGGAAAUGAAAACGAAUGAAUACGGACCUCUCCACAGUUGCUCUUCUUUCGCGCCUGCAUCGCGAAACAGGAGCGGGGAAAACGAGCGACGAGAUGAGCAGCAGAGAUUGAAGGGGUUGAACAAGAUGAACGGGGAACGAAACCGAAUGGAAACAGGAAAAACCGUGCUCGCGGCGGCCAACGAUCAGGGAGAGCUGUUUAUCUAUCACCUGCCCUGGACGGAGCUGGAGCGAAAGCAGCAGAAGAUCUUGCGAACUUCUGAAGCCAGUGGGCAAGAUGAGGAACGAUCUGGUGGUGCAGGUGACAUCUCGGACGGGGCGCCAGGCGGGAGCGAUACUGAGGCGGACAGCGAAGCAAAAGGGUCGGUGAGCUCAACCGAAGUCGGUGGAAGAACCGCGGAAAUAAACAAGGAUGCAAUGAGGCCCUCGCUCGUACGGCAGUGGCAAGGCCACACUGCGGGGCAGCUUGUGACAGCUUUGUGUUUGCUCUACCAAGAAUCUUCACCUGCAUCAACAGUCUCGCAACAACAGUCCCUGGUCUCCGGAAGGAGCGGUCGAAAAAGGGCCGGCCAGAGAAGAAAUAAUAGUAUCGAGCAGAGGCAGGAUCCUCAUGCCUCGAAGACGAGUACCAGUUUUCCGAAGCUGCAGCUGUUUUCCGCUUCACUGUCCGGCGAAGCAAAGUUGUGGGACGUCGAAACGGGGGAACUGCUGGUUUGCUACGAGGACAAGCACGCCAUCAGCUGCGCCUGUUACAUUGAGCCCAUUGUAAAUUUCUACAGUAAUCCUUCUUUGUCAGGAGCCCCAGUCGUGUCUACUGCGACUUCUGCUCGCUACCUUAUCUACGCCACCACCGCGCCAGCGCUGCGAUUGAUCACCACGAAGGACCACAAGGUGGCUCAGAAACUGAAGAUGGAUGCCGAGAUCCGAUGCCUGGCGUUUGAUGAGACGGGCAGGUUUGGCCUCUGCGGCGCCGGAAACGGGUGCAUCUACGUAGUGGAAGCGUGGGAAGCCAGUGGCAUAGGCACGGGCGGCCCAGCGGCCUCCUCCGCCGCAACGCCCACGGCAAGUAAGGUGAAUUCCACGACGAGUAGCAGUAGAGCACAUACUACGAACGUGCAGCGAUCCGGGUCGGCAGCUGCAACCAGGAGCAUUUCGAGCAAGGGAAAUCACUACGCUACAAGCUGCAUUUCCAGUCCGGCGCGUGGUCGCACCUUUGCAACGGCGACUUCGAUCACGACAAGCAAAAUCCGUCUGAGGCCGCUGCUGUCUACCCUGCAGUAUGCGGGUGCGAAAAACCCCAUCACCAGUCUGAGCCUGCAGCCGCGGAAGAGCGCAGUCGCAUCCUCGGCCGCGGCUGGGAAUACAAACGGCUCGGCUACGUACGCCUCCGCAGCGUCGAUAAACGCAACCGCUGCAACAGGCGGCUUGACGAGCGCGAACGCCAGUUCUUUCGCGACAGCGAUGGGCGGAGGUUGUAAUAUGGGCAGCUACAACACCGCGGCCUUUUCCCAGCUCUGCUUGGUGAACGCGCUCGGUGUGGACGCAGUGGGCAUUAUCGAAUUGGUGUUCAAGCACAAUACCCUACUGAUGCUUAAUUUGCUCUACACAAUCGUCACUCCCAACCAGUACCUCCCCCUGAUGAGCACGUUUUGUUGCGAGUACUUCGCCGUCACAGGCACGGAGGAGCACACGGGCACGGUGGUCGUGCACGACUUGACGAUGGGGUCGUCCGAUGUGCACAGUUAUCAAAUGUAAAAAUGUCUGGGUCUGGAAGAUUGCGAGAUUUCUCAUGCAUAUUUCGGAUCACGCAAAAAAAUGGCGUCUGAUGCAGGCAAAAGCAUCACAGGUUUUGAGCACGCCUCAUGAUGCCUCUCCCGCAUGAGAAACUUCCUACUUGCGUGCCAAGAAGUGGACAGCUUUUGGCGCUCAUGCAACACAAAUUUUUGUGUGUUCCAGAGUUUGCAUCACAAGUUCCAACCCUUCCAGACCCAGACAUUUUUACAUUUGAUAACAGUAAUCUUUGCGCUAAAAAUGAGGACGAGCCUUCGUCUGUGGUAGCAGGGAAAAAAAGUGCGAUGGUGCUACAUGAGCAAAACAAGUCGUCUUCUGCGACCCAGUUAUGUCACCAAAACAAUAAUGGCUUGUCUGGUGCUGCCGCUGCUUCCUCAGCGACCCGGUUGCUUGCGUAUGAGAAAAGUUCCGCCGUCGACAAUCAGGAACGAGAACACGACGAAAGAUCACCAGCGCGACGCCGCACAGAAGACAGUGUACCGACUGGUCACCGCGAUGACGCGCGCGAAAGUCUAAGCUGCAGCAGUAGAAGCACCUCCAGCUCGAUGGAGGCGAAGGUCGUGCAGCGUCCCUCGCCGCAAGAACGUCUGCUCUCGCCGGUUGAUGAUGACGGAGAGAUCGUGAGUAGGGCGAACGCGCCGGCGGAACAAUGCACCGAUGAAGGAUUCACGACUCAACACGCGAAUGAUCAUUUUUCGAAAGGGAAGGAAGGGCAAAAUUACAACAUCAGCAGCCGAAACAAAUUAUUGGGUGAAGAUGAACAGAAGACCACAACUACAAUAGUACUCUCCCCUGCUUGUCUGACGACGGCAGCAUGCACGCCAGUAGAGGAGGAGCCUGCAACAAGGGACGAGCUACACGAAGGAGCUGGAGUGCACGAUAACGUCCCGGAUGCGCUUCCGAGUAAGGUAGACAGCUACGCCCUGUGCCUGGCUGUGAACGCGAUGGAAACGGUCCUGGCGAUCGGGGACACGCGUAUGGAUUGCAAAAGUGUCUGGGUCUGGAAGGUUGGAACUUGUGGUUGGUUGGUUGGUUGGGUGGCGCCUGUCGCCGGUGCAGGUCCCGCCCUCCAUCGAUUGCGAUCCGGAGUAGCCGGAACACAAGGCCCUAGUGGCACAAUCGAUCGACGAUGUGAUGCUAACUUUGGACUCUAAAAAAUUCUGUAUUGCAUGACCAGCAAAAGGAGUCCGGUUUGUGCUACUCGUGGAGGGCAUUUGUCAUGCGGAAUAGGUAUCAGGAAGGCCUCUAAAGAUCUGUGAUGCUAGGGCUUCCAUGACAGACAUUCUGUGUCAUGCAAAAACAGUAUAACACUCUUCCAGACCCAGACAUUUUUACAUUUGAUAACGCGUGGACACAUCUCUUUCGUCCGCCGCACAGCCACGAGGCGUAAAGACGAAUGAUUUAUUCACAAACCAAAUGAACCUUUUUUGUCGCACAACAUGCUGCGUCGACUACGAUUGCAGAUUCGAUUGAUACUUUAUGUCUACUCGCCGCGGUUUCUCUUUCUGGAUAUCGACUUCUGUACGUCUACUUACACCCAUGCGCCGACUACACAUUCACUCAUGUUAUUCGAAAUUUUGCGAACUCUUGAUGGUCCCGGGACAAUGCCCCCUCUACAAAUGAUAGUCUGCUUUGAUGUUCAUAGCUUUAGCUUGUUCUUUCACUUUUAAAUGCCCCAACCGCAUAUGCAUAUGAUUGCCAGAUCCGGAGCUUGUCGUUUUGCAGCCACAAAUAUGAAGAUAAGCUUUUCUCUCCGCUGAAUUUUGACGCUGUAGGGUGCCGACGCAAUUCUACGUUUAAGUGAAAUAUGAAAAGUAGGAAAACCGAGACAGUAAUUUACUUUAGUCCGAUCGCCGCGCAUUCUCUCGUUCCAGAGAAAGCCGAAUACAUAGAGCACCCAUUGUGGUAAAGAUGAGCACAAGCAAAAGCCGCUGUUUUGAAAAGCCUUUUAACCAAAAAUUGGUCAUUGACCGCCCCGUUGAACAAAAGUGUGAAUUUUAUACGAAUUUGGUUU